AUGCAGGAGGUCCAGCAGAGCAAGGAGAAGACAUUGGCCAACAACCGAACCCUGGCAGAGCAAAACCUCACCCUCCAGCCCCAGCUUGAACAGAGGAAGGAGCAGCUCACCAAGCGCUACAAUUGUCUUCAAGAGAGCUAUGAGUCCUAUCAGCUACGCAAAUCUACAAUGGACCACAAGUCAGGGAACAGCUCCCUGGACACUCUACUGGCUCUGCUGCAGGCAGAGGGAGCCAAAAUAGAAGAAGAGACUGAGAACAUGGCUGACUCUUUCCUGGAUGGUGAUGUAACCUUGGACGUCUUUAUCGAUGCCUACCAAAACAACAGAAAGCUGGCCCAUCUAAGGCGAGUGAAGAUCGAGAAGCUGCAAGAAAUGGUGCUGAAGGGCCAGCGGCUCCCUCAAGUGCCGCUCUCUUCCACCCGAUCUCAGGACGUGUCAGCUGCAACGUCCCUGCUGACCGACGGCAGUGACAACGCUUCUCCUCUCAGCCAGCCCAAAAGAAAGCCACCGCCUCCUCCAUCUCAACCAGCCCCUGUUCUGAAUCCAUCUCCAACCCCAGCCUCGGUUCCCCAGGCUCCUGUUUUCUUCUCUGCAUCACCGUACCCACCAAUUCCUCCCAGAACAGGCCAGCCCUUCCCCAGCGUUUCCUCUGGAUAUCCCAACCACUACCUCUCCCAGUACCCGCCUGCUCUGCCUCAGAGGCCCUCACCUCGUAUUGCCCCACAACCUGGCUUCAUUCUGCAGUAAAUUAAAAGAAAGAAAAAAUGAUUUUUGGGUCUUUGUCACUACUGGAACUCCUUUGAGAACAAGUUUUCAAUAUUAUCUGCCUUCUUGGAUUUUGACCAAUCACAACACAAGAAAGCAGACCUUCACUGGCUGGUCUGGUCACAUUCAGCUGAGGCAGAUCUCCAAAACCCUCUGGGGAUUCAUGCUCACCACUACCUUGCACCAACCCUCCCAACAAAAUAAACAAGGUAGAUGAGAUGGCCUUCAAAAUCUGGCUCAGCCAGAGUUCCUUUAGCAGAAGGAGGCUCCAUCCCCAUCUACAGGCUGCUGCUGSUGACGUAAGCACCAGUCUGUGGAUCACAGAGCUGGGACUUGUCACUCAUCAGCACUUUAAGUCUGCCAGUCUUUUCCCUCUUUCUAACAUGUUCAAGUUUAUUUUUUGGGAAACCUAAAGUUCUUUUGAAAAGGAUUUGAAAUCCUCGUGCUUAUUCACAGCAUACUAAUUUAUAUGCAAGCAAGAAGAGACCCAGGUUACUGUGCAGACGUCGUUUCCCAGAAAAGAUUCAGGCAAAAACUGCUUAUAUGCUGUGAUUUCUUUAAAGAAAAAGAAAAAAAGAAAAUUCCCACGGUACUUAGUAAUAUUUGAAUUUCAGCAUCAUUUACUGAUUUAGUACUAAUGGAGUUCUAAUAAUCUUAUCCAGGAUAGACUGACUAACGUGUAUAAAGGAGGUCUUUGGUUGGUCUGGGUCAUGGUGGCUGACUGGUUUAUCUCUGGGCAGGAGUCAGAAAGGAUCAGGCCUGUAGAGCCUGUGCUAUAAAUGAAGGAUUACACUCCAGGUGUCUGUUGUUCUGCAGCACUCCUUUUAUGAUGUCUGUUGUAUUUAAACACACUCAGCUGAUGGAAAUCUGAUGCCAACAGUUCUUUGGAUCACAUACAUGCUGUAUGUUUCUGUUCAGUUACCUGCCACACUGAGCGCCAAAGACUUACCACGAGUCUGUUUUCAGUUCUUUCUAAAGGUUUUUUGUUUUGUGUGUUUGUGUGUAUAAGUGAAGCAUUUAGUACAAACAUCAUUGUUACCAAACAUAUCUGUGAUGUCAGAACACUCUUUGUAAACAUACAAGCCAUAAAUCUGAGAGGAGCACCCUGGCUUUGUUAGGAGAACUUGAACUUUAGUGUGAUAUUAAAAAUAUUUUUCCUCCCUCUCUCCUUUCUGGCUGCUGUGCACUGUUGAAGAGCCACGAGUGCCUACACUGAAAAAUCACGUUCAUCACGUUCUGCUGAAGAAUUCAUGUGUUUCUGCGCUCAGCUUUAGGUGUUAGAGCCUCCUCCACCAUGAUUCAUUAGAUUGGCAUUUUCUCUUUUCUUCCUCCUACUGUAUUUUCUGUCCCCUCCUCUGGGAGAAAGAAGUCCAAUCAGCCUGAUCAGCAUGGCUUCUCCAGUAGCAGGGAGACAAUACGCAACAUACCAGAGACCAGGAACACCCCCGGGCUCCAUGCUGUGCAGUGUGUGUGCUCGUCUUCCAUUCCCUGAGCAGAACGUUUUAUAUUUUCACCAUGAUGUUCAACUUUUAAUUUAGACGUUCUUAGAAAAAUAACAAGGCUCUGAAAUGAUUUGCUUCAUAUCAGUGAUGGUUCGCCUCAAAGACUGACUCAUCGCAACAAAUAGGAAAUACUACAACAAUAAAUAUAGGUUUCUCAUUGAACCAGCAUUUCUAACUGCAUGGCCUUUGCUUUUAGUUCAGUUAAAAAAAAUCCUCUUAAAUGUUUGCUGCUUUUUUUUUACACUCAUCUUCCCCGGAAUCCAUGGUUUUUAUGUGGUUGGUGAUAAUUCUAGUGUAAUGUUGUAGGUAUUUACUUUGAAAGAAUGUUUAAGUUGAAUUUAAUGCYAUUUUCAAGUUCAAUAAAUGUUGUUUUUUGUAUCA